GUCCCUCCCACAUGACGCGGUGUAGUGGUCGUCCAACAUGUGACGUGGCCUAAGCUCGACGUGGCACAGAUAGCGUGGUCACGUGACAUAACGUGACACCCGUGACCUGCCACGUGACAUGGCGGGGCGCGGUUAUACGGAACUUCCAUCCGGCAACUUCAGCAGCACGAUCCUCGCGUUGGCGGCCGCUGCCAAGAUCUCGCAUAAUGGCGGAAUGAGGCAGAAGGCGAACUUAACGAUAGCCGCGGAGUACAUGGAAAAAUACUUCUUCCUGGUCGUGCUGAUCAUCGGAACCAUUGGGAACGUCUUGUGUUUAGCUGUGCUCAGCAGGAAAUCCUUCAGGACAUCCACUAUCGGGAUUUACCUCCGCUUCCUCACCUUAUCGGACCUGACCGCCCUGUACACCGGAUGUCUGUUCUUCACCUCCAAGGCGCUGUUCAACACCAACCUGAGAAACGCUGACGAGCUCUCCUGCAAGUUUCACAUCUGGCUGUCCUACGCGUCCUGCGAUGUGGCAUCAUGGGCUCUGGUUCUCGUCUCCACCGCCCGAUUUAUUUCCAUCGCGUGGCCGAUGAAACGAAUCUUGACCACUCGGAGAGCAUACGUGACUAUUUCCACCACCAUCGCCCUGUUCUGUUCCAUCAACCUGCCUAUGUUCAUCAUGUACGGGGACUAUUUCGACCCCAGGAAGAACUACACGAGAAAGUGUUACCCCAUCCGGCCGGAGUACAAAGAGUUCCGGAACAACGUCUGGACUUGGAUCGUCCUCUGCAAGUUUGCGGUCAUUCCCGGUGCACUCUUGAUCGCACUGAACGCGGGUCUCGUGUUCAACGUGAUGCGGAGCGGGAGGGCGGUGACAGCUGUGAAAACGUCCACGACCAAAGCCAUCAACGGUUUGUCUGCCGCGGCGGGCGCUAAAUUAUUUUUCUCCAGGUGGAACCAUAAGGCGAAAAAGCCUGCGCACGAGAGUAACGGGACCACAAGCUCAGGUGACGCCUCUUGCAGAGUGGCACUGACAUCCUGCCCCACCGCUCAAAAGAGACACCAAAGAUCUACAGAAAGUUCGAGAAAAGGCUCGAAAGUGUCGAGUGGUACCCACCCACAGACAGUCGGUUUGGAAGUGGUAGCUCCUUCUCCUUUAAACGGAAACACGGAGGUAAGUGGCGUGGGGAACUGUGGGACAUCACCUACACCCAAGAAUGGGGUCACCACGGCGUGUCUCGAUGUGGGGUCGCUGGAGAAACUGGGGCCUCACAGACAACGCCUCCUCACGUACCCCGUGGAAGGGACCCACCGAAACCGUGUCUGUCCCAGGGAGUGCCGCUGUGCGUCUCGCCCAGUUUUCACGACAGAAGAAAGCCAAACUGUGAUAUGUUUGAAUGGAAUGGCGCCAAACACCAGCUGUACCUCCUCGGCAGAUUUCCGCCGGCGGCGACGCCGCAGUGAUGGAUGUGUCCACGGAGUCUGCACAGGCCGAACAGAAAAGACUGACGUCACCGGACGUUCAGAUAGAUCGGUCACAAGCGAGUGUUCUUCUUUAGAGAGUUUGUCUUUGAACGAGACAAUACGCUUCAGAGAUUAUCGGAAAGGUGAGGAUGUUUCCUUGCAAGGUCGUUUAACGCAGAGAGGCAAAGAGAGCGAUACGCUGGACCGACCGAGCGCUGAGGGUUUCAUGAACAUUUUGAAGCUGGCAGACAUUGAGGACACAAUGGGAGAAAGCAGCUGCGACCAUGAGGAACAGAUCGAACCCUUUGUCAGUGCUAAUGAGGUCAUGCAUUCUGUAAAGUCGACAAGUACUGAGAAUGUUUUAACCGGUGAUCAGACUCAUGUCGGCAGCACGAAUGAAGGCACCAGUGGUUGCCAUGGUGACGUAGAUACGUCAGCAAUAGAUGUGGUGAUUACGUCACCUCAAGGAGAACACAAAGAUGCACUAUGUGGACAGAACCAAUAUGAGAAUGUGGAAGAAACCUGUUCAAAACUUCACCCAGACUUCGAAGAGAGCGUCUCCGAUAAAGAGGAAGAUUGUGCACUCCUAGCCCCGAAACGGAAACUUUCAGACUCAAAAAGACAUGUCACAUUUCCCACUUCUCGCAAAAAUUCCAAAACUGAUGACGCCAUAAAAAAUUGUGCCCCGUGUGAGAUCAGCGCAGACAAUGAUAGUGCUAAAUAUGACAGUGAAAAGACAGGACAAAUUAAUAACCAUCCAAAUACUUCACUAAACAUUUCAGAAGGCACUAGAGAUUACGACACUCUUCAGAAAGAAGCAGACAGAGCGAAAGGAUCUGACGCCGGUAAAUCAUUCGGGAGUAGACGUAAUAGAGGAGCUAACUCUGCACAGAGCACACCUCUACUCGAUUCGGUCCUUCUCUCCACAUCAGCGGAUCUGAGUGACGUCAGCCUAUGCACCAGCAGCCUCUGCACCGCCCCGUCAGGCUCUCCGUCCUCAUCUAUGUACACACCGUCAGAACAGGCAAACCGUUCUCUCUGUUCCACUCCCGAAAAGUGCAACAUUCACGAGCAGAGGAACGGUUACAAAUCAUCCUCGCCUGCUCGUGGUGUUUACACGCGCAGCUCCCUGUCCGCCCCCAGCUCUGCGAAGUGUAACUGCCACAUCUUCCUCACAACCAAUGACGGCAAGCCUUUCACAAAUAACGAAACCAGCGACGACUUUGACAAGGAAAAACAUGUCGAGCAUCAAAUAGACACAAACAAUGAACAUCUACACAAGUGUAAUAACGAUGCGGAGAACGGGGACGACGACGAUGACGACGACGACGACGACGACGACGACGGAGGAAGCAGCUACAAAUCUCACCUGGCCCUUCCGAUGUACGCAGACGACCUGAGCCAGAGUAACCCGUCCGUGUCCCACUGCCGCCUGUCCUCUGCGGCCCUCUACCCGCCCAAGAAAAGCAGCAGCUCCAACCAUAAAAACAUCACGCGCACCAUCGUGCUCAUUAACUUCAUCUUCCUGCUCUGUAAUGUGCCCAUUGUCAUUUACCUCACUGCUUCGCCUUACAUGUUCCCCGGGCGCGGCUUCUCCGCUGGCAGACAGCUGUUCGAGGUGUGCGCCAACGCCUGCAUGUACACCAGCAACUCCAUCAACUUCAUCCUGUACUGCAUCACCGGCUCCAGGUUCCGGCGCGAGCUCAAGGCCAUGUUCCGAGACCUGUGGCAGUGGAUCAGGUGCCAGCCCAAGAGGGCGGUCUCGAACAUCGGCUGGAGCACCACGGCGUUCUAGAAGAGUUCACAUGCCACCAGACCACGCCCCCGUCAGGCCACCAGACCACGCCCCCGUCAUGCCACCAGGUCAUGCCACCAGGCCACGCCCCCGUCAGGCCACGCCCCCGUCAGGCCACGCCCCCGUCAGGCCACGCCCCGUCAGGCUACCAGGCCACGCCCCCGUCAUGCCACUAGGCCACGCCCCCUGACAAGCCAGGACUGGAGCAUCACGGCGUUCUGGGACAGCCUCCAUCUCGCCACUGGACCAAUCCACCCCUCCCCCCAACCUCCCCCGGAACACCAUUACUUCACACCCCCAGGUCUAGAACAGGAUGAUGUUUUUGAACAAUCUCCCUCACGCCACUACACCACUCCCCCAUCACGCACUAGACCACGCCCCCUUCAUGCCAGGUUCAAACAAAGACUGUCAAUGUGAUUUCUAGAAGGGGAAAAACACCGUGUUAAAUUAUACCCUGAGCACACUGCAAAUCAGAUUCAUCAGACUGAGUCGUGGCCUGGCAGACUUUCCUCCAUGGAUGGGGAAAAAGCUGCCACAUGACAUGUAAUUUGGCACAAAACCAUUGAAUUCAGCAAUACCCGAUGGUAACCUUCAAAAUCAGACGCAUUUAUUGGUUUUUCAAGGUCGCAGCUGGAAUCGUUCGUUUUGGGCCAAAAUGAAAACUGCAUAAUUUUAAAAGAACUCGACGAGAAGAUUGAAUUCUCAGUUUUCUUCUAGUACCAUUGAUAUUGAGUCUGUCUGAGGGAAUCAGAACUAUUUCGCCUUUGGGACAUUCUCACUUUUUGUGCUUUUCUGAAAUCUGGGAUCUCCCUGAUUGUUAAGCACUUCAUUAUUGUUUUUUUAAAUGAUCUUUACAAGAAAGUGAGAUAUUGUAUUUUGAAGUAAGAAUAGUAACUUUCCAAAACUAGUGCGUAGGGCGGGGUGGUCUAGAAGGGUUCUUUUCCAUGAAGAAAACUAUGGCUCGCCCCGACUCCGUCCGAUGAAUCCAAUUGGUGGUGUGCGCUGGGUAUAACUCCUCCUGGGAAUUCUUCACAAUUGACCCCUAGUCAUUAGACCUACACCGAGCAGAGAGAACACAUAAUAUUCCAGGAAGCUCGAGAUGUAGGCCACAAUGGCAUACGGUAUUAUUAAGAUGUCCCCGAACUUCGAGACUUUCGGGUGUUUACCAAGUCGGUAACCAACUUUACUUCAGUGGUUCUCAAGACUUUGACUUCUAUUCCAUUGAUAAAUAGUUGUAUGGUUAAUGUGAUAAUGUUGAAUAUUUGAAUCUCAUCAAAUUUUAAUAUGAUAUAAAAAUUGUUUUAUCCCAUGUUUUGUAAAUGUUCAUGAUGUUUAUAAUAUCAUACCAUUUCUGAAAUGUAAAUGUUGCUUUCACGAGCUUGAAAUGUAUUCUAUAUUACGCCAUCUUUUUUAUUUUGUUCAUCGUUGUUGUUACUAUUGUUGUGGUUAUUGAUGCUGUUGUUGUUGUUAUUGUUGUUGUUGUUGUUGUUAUUCUGUCAAGAUUUAGUUUCAAGUUGCACAUAAAGAAGUUAGUAUGGGUAUAAAAAGGCAGUUUGAGUGAAAGAAAGUAGUUUGGAUAAAAAGAAGGUAGAUUGGGUGAAAACAACGUAGUUAUGGUUAAAAAAGUAUAUUGGGCUAAAAGAAAGUAGUUUGGGCAAAAAAAAACACAAAUCGGGCAAAAAGAAAGACAUCAACACAAUAACGACCAGACAAAGUAUGGGGGAAAACAAUACAGAUAGAAACGACAGAGGGAAAGAAAGGAGCAGGACUUACCAAUGAUACCCUCCAUCGAAACGUAUAUUCUUUUUAAAAAAGGGGGCGAUAUGUUAAGGCGCUCAUAAGACUUGAUUAAUGCUCAGUGACCUAAAUGAACUGUUUAGUUUUAAAAGUAGUCAAAGAGACGUCCUAAAAAGCAUGUUUUUUUCAGUACUGUUGAUAUACUCGUAUUUAUGAGUAGCACUGUAUGCUUCUCAGGAAGUUGAGAUUGUUUCAGAAUGCUAUCAGGUCUGCUGGGGUAAUACUAUCGGUUGUAAAGCGCAUAGAGCUUGCUGUUGAGCUGGUUUUGCGUUAUACAAACAUUAUAUAUUAUUCAGAAAGAAUUUCCAAAACCAGUGCUCAGGGGUGGAGAAGAAAAGUUUUUAUUUCGAUUUGUAUGGAACGACGUUUGUACCCCCCCCCCCCC